GCAGCCCGGCUGAGCCGCUCCGCGUGGUGUGCGGGCGAAGUGCGGUGAGCCGCGGCAGAGGAGCGCGUUGCCCGCGCGGGCCGUGCGGUGCGCCGGAUGCUCGCGCGGUGCUGUGGGUCGGGCGCUGUCGGCACGCGGGCUGAAGGCUCCCGGCGGUGCGGCGGUGUGACGGCGCCGGGCGAUGGCGGAGGCUCAGCUGGGGCUGCCGGGCCCCUUCGCGCAGCCCCCGGUCGGACCGUGCCCCGACUCUGACUUUGACUCCGACCCCGAGGAUGCGGCCGCGGGCGGUGCGGGGCCUGGCGCUGCGGUGCAGAACCCCUCGCAGGUCAUCCACAGCGGCCACUUCAUGGUGUCAUCCCCGCACCACGACGCGCUGCCCCACCGGCGUCACCGCCGCGCUGAGCCCUCGGCAGCCGAUCCGCGGAGCAUUGACCCGACCCUGACGUGGCUCUUCGAGUGCAUGAGCCUGGAGUACAGUGGGAAGCUGGUGUCACCAAAGUGGAAGAAUUUCAAGGGGCAGCAGCUGCUUUGCCGGGAUAAAAUCCGCCUCAACAAUGCCAUCUGGAGAGCGUGGUACAUCCAGUAUGUGGAGCAGAGGAAGAACCCUGUGUGUGGUUUCAUCACCCCCCUGGAGGGGUCAGAGGCUGAUGAGCACCGCAAACCAGAGGCCGUGGUGCUGGAGGGCAACUACUGGAAACGGCGCAUCGAGGUGGUGAUGAGGGAGUACCACAAGUGGAGGACCUACUACAAGAAGCGGCUCCGAAAGUCCAGCAGGGAGGGAGAGCUCUCCAGCCCAAAGCAGGACGAGGAUGCCUGGAGACCAACAGAGAAAUGGUGCAACCAGCUCUUCUGCAACGUGGUGCCCAUGCUUCUGGGGGACGAGGAGGAGGAGCUGGGGGGUAGGCAGCACUUUGACUUGGACACAUUCCUCUCGGACAUCUCUGACACCCUCUUCACCAUGACACAGAUACCCAGCACCCACCAGGAGCUCCCCGAGGACGCGUAUAUUGGGAACGCUGACAUGAUCCAGCCAGACCUGGCACCUCUGCAGCCCAGCUUGGAUGAUACCAUGGAGAUAUCAGAUAUUUUCAUUGGCCAUCGGCCGCUGCCUGCGCAGAUGCCGCUGGGCUAUCAGGAGCCGCCCUGCUUUGAGCCCCUCUAUGGCAGUGGAGGGACCGUGCCCGCCAGCUCCGAUGCCCCACUCCCACCCAGCCCUCUCCUCCAGGUGAGCGGGACCCUGGCCCAUGACCCGCGGCCGCCGGUGCCCGAGCCACCCCUCCUGACACAGCCGUGUCCCCCACAGCCCAGUGACGCCACCCAGCUCAGCCUCCACGGUGCCUUCUUUGGCCCUGAGCAGCCGCCGCUGGCCCCCGAGCCCCUCACCGCUGUGCCUGGCUGCCUUAGCCCCCAGCUCAAACCCAAGCCCUUGCUGCAGUACGGUUUCCCCAGCAAGUGCCUUGGCACGGAGCCACUCAGCCUCCCUUACACCGCCCCCAGCCAGGCCCCUGGCACACCGUUGCUGGGCUCACAGCCGCCGUUUUCCCCUGCCUCUGCACCCCACUCCAAGUUCCCCUUCACCGCCUCGCCCAGCCCCUCGCUCCUCGCCCACCCUGCAUCCCCGCUGUCCGUGCCAUGCUUUGCCCAGCACACCCCGGGCCUGGGCUACGCCAUGGACGUGGUGCCCCUAGGGUACCCCAGCCCAGCUGUGCCCCAGCACCUGCCCCCCGCCGUGCCACCUGGGCCCAGGUUUGCUACCCCAAAAGGGCCGACCCCAGCUGAGCGAUCGAAGGUGAAGCCCAGCGGCACCAAGGCAAAGAGGCUGCCAGGCCCUCCUGUGCCUUCACACCUGACUGUGCCCAACGCCUGUCUGACCCAGCUGCUGGCCACAGCCAAGCAGGAGCCAGCCUUCGAUGCUCCACACGUGCACAGCCCGGCGCUCAUGCCUGCGUCCCCGGCCUCUCCGCAGAGCAGUGUCCCCGAUGUUCCUGCUGUCUUCCUGCCCAGAGUGGCCCAGCUGAGCUCGGUGCUGUCUCCUGGCUCCAGCCCUUCACAGGAGGUGCCCGUGAUGCAGGCGGGUGCUGCACCAGGGCCGCUGCGGGUCCCCAAGGCGGAGCGGCUCUCCCCAACAUUGGUCUGCGGCAGUGACUGGCCCAAGCCUGGCCAGGUGUCCCCAGGAGCUGCUCCACCACCCGGUACCACCAUCUCCCUGCACCACCCCCCAUCCCGUCGGGGCAGGCCUGACUCCAGCAAGAUGGAGAGCCGGCGCAUCACACACAUCUCCGCUGAGCAGAAGAGACGUUUCAACAUCAAGCUGGGCUUUGACACACUGCACAGCCUCGUGAGCACGCUGAGUGCCCAGCCCAGCAUUAAGGUCAGCAAGGCCACCACCCUGCAGAAGACUGCUGAGUACAUCUGCAAACUGCAGCAGGAGCGGGCGGCCCUCCAGGAUGAGGCGCAGCGGCUGCGGGAGCAGAUUGAGGAGCUCAACAGCUCAAUCAACCUGUGCCAGGAGCAGCUGCCAGCCACCGGGGUGCCCAUCACGCGCCAGCGCUUCGACCAGAUGCGCAGUAUGUUUGACGACUAUGUGCGCUCCUCCACACUGCACAACUGGAAGUUCUGGAUCGUAUCCUUUGGGCCAGCACCGGCUUCUCACUGCCCCUUCCACCAUACACUGGGUCCACUGUCUCCUCCCAGCUCCGUGUGGGAUCCGUCCUUCUCAAGAGGCUCUGUGGGUGAUGCGUGGAGGGGACACGCUCAGAUGCUAAGAAGAAAUUUCUGUCACAAGAGAGCAACCAGAGUAGGAAUAAAUGGUCGGUCCUUGGGGAGCAGGGAAGCCACCAGCAGAGCUGAGCUCAGCAUUGCCACAUAGGCAAUUGCUCCCAGUAACUCGGGAGCUGAGAUGCAGCAGCCAUCCAUUAGAGAUUGGGAAAGGAUCAGACACAAAGCCAGGAACAUGAUGGUUUCACCUGGGUGGCCAGCGUGGUGCCCCCUGGAAAAUGGAGGUUAAGCUGGAUACAAGUCUGGACUUAGCAUGUUGGAAGGAUGGAGGGGGAAGGAAUGGCUGCCAAGGUGUUCAGAGAGCUGGGCCUUCUUCUCCAUGAAUGAGGAUUUCACACCCUGCGGCCAAGUCUGAAGAGACCAUGAGGUCUGCACACUGCCUGGUGGCAGAGGCACAGGCAGCCCCCACCACCCACGAACACGCAGACAGUGGCAAGGUGCCCCUGACACAGGUUUUGGGAGAGCAAUGGGGUUCUUUCCACAGUACAGUGAGGGUACUGAAGCCGAUCCCAGGACACGGGUAUGGUGGAGGCACCUGCUGGGGAUUACUGCACGCACAGUCACCAUCCCCAGCACUGGGUGCACCCAGGGGAGCACACGUGCUGGGUGCUGCGCCCUGCUCUCAGGCACCUGCAGAGGACGUGGCAGGAGGUGGCUCUAGGCCUGGUUUAGAAGAGCUGUCCUGCGUUGGAGCAGCCCUGGCCACAACAUGGGCUGUGCCAUUCUGCCCCUGGUUCUCCACACACUGCGGUUCCUGGCCUGGGAGCACCAGGUGGGGUGCAGGGACACCCCUGCCACCCUGGUGCCCUCCGAGCAGCACAGGGCACCCAGCGCAGCUGCACUGCAGGCGGGAGAGGGCCGUUCGCGCCAGGCAGGGCACCACAGCCAUCACGACACUUCUCCUUAACCGCUCC